GGUACUGCUCUUGCUCUUAAAGGAGACGCAUCCCUAACAGGCCUCGUCUCUGCCAAAGAAAUAUGAGGUUUGCUAUAGCUUUAAGAAGUAAUUAAUGCUGAAUGUUUGUAAAAUUGUAUUAACCACACAACGUAACUUUUUUUUAUUAAUAAGCUAGUUAAUGAAAUGUUUGCGUGGUGACGGUACAUUUACUCUUGGACCGAGCUAACAAAACUUGGUCCCACCAGGGCCUUCUACGUUACGUUGGUUUUAAAUUCGCUAUGUUCAUAACUAACUAAAAAACACGGGUCUAUAAGGGUCAUAACAGUUAAAUAAGGGCGAUAUGGACGCGGAGGAAGACGAGGUUUCCGGUAUUCGUCCGGGGAUUGAGACAACCGGAGACUCAACGGAGGCCGCAAAAGCAUCCCCGGACUCGACUGAAGCGUCUAGCCGGAGAAGGGGAAGUAGAAGGGGCUCGAAACCCGCAGUGACCUCCGCGGACUCCGGUAACUGUCAGUCUGGCACUGAAGGUCCUGUGCGUGUUUUGCGAGCUAGGGGAGCUGGAGCUGGAGCUGGCACGACUAGCGAGUCAAUGGAUGCUACUUGCAAGAAAAAACCUACAAGUCUGCACCGUGGACGUGGGAGACCCGCAGGAUCACGCACCAAAAACACGCCCGUCAUGCAACCUACAAUAAAGAAGUCCACAGCCAAAAAAGCAUCCAAACAUGGACCAAAGCUGUCCAAAUCUAGAAAGGGCAAAGGGAGAACUCCAACCCGAGCCUCUCGCACCACACCAGCAACAACGUGCAAGCCUGAAGCAGAGAUGGAGGCUUCAUUAUGUGAAGAGGGAACAGGUGCUUUGAAAGGAAGCAAUAACAACGUUGCAGAUUCAGACGCGGCUUACGACGAGGACCCUCCAUUCAGAGAUGACCCAAAUGACCUCAUCUAUAAACCCGAGACAAAGACGGAAAAAUGCAGGCGCCGUAGAACAUUGCAACAAAAGGAGGUGAAAAAAGAGGAGUCAGAGAAGGAGGAAGAAGGAAAUUCUGUUAAAGAAGAAUCAGCCAAGGUUGGGGUGUGUCGAGAAGAUGGAGCAGGUGAUAACACAGAGCUACAAAGAAAGAGAGGUAGACAACAAAAGGAUGACAAAGCCCCUCGUCUGCCAAAACGAAGGAAAAAGCCCCCAGUGCAGUACGUCCGCUGUGAAAUCGAGGGCUGUGGUACCGUCUUGGCCCACCCACGCUACUUACAGCACCAUAUAAAAUACCAGCACUUGCUCAAAAAGAAGUACGUGUGUGAUCACCCAUCGUGUGGGCGCUUGUUUCGUCUUCAGAAGCAGCUGUUGCGUCAUGCUAAACACCAUACAGAUCAAAGGGACUACAUCUGUGAGUAUUGUGCUCGAGCCUUUAAGAGCUCCCACAACCUGGCUGUGCAUAGGAUGAUUCACACAGGAGAGAAGCCAAUACAGUGCGAGAUCUGCGGCUUCACCUGUCGUCAGAAGGCCUCCUUAAACUGGCACAUGAAGAAGCAUGAUGCAGAAGCCUCCUACCAGUUCUCUUGCUCCAUUUGCAACAAAAAGUUUGAGAAAAAGGACUCAGUCGUUGCCCACAAGGCCAAGAGCCACCCCGAGGUGCUCAUAGCUGAAGCACUUGCAGCUAAUGGGGGCUCAGUAAUAAGCACUCCCAUCCCGGUCCCAGAGACUGUCCCAGAGAAUGUCCCAGAGACUGUCCCAGUGCCGCCCCAGCCUGACCAACCCUCUGUAAGCCAGGGGAGCCAGGAAGCGGCGAGUGGUACGCUCACUCCACUGCAGCAGGUGGUGCUGCCGCUCGCUUCACAGACGCAGAGCGAUGUAUCUCAGGGCCAGUUCCUCCAACUCCCCACGCAUCAUGUGGUGCAGGUGACCCAUCAGCAGCAAGUCCCCACCUUGCUGCACCUCACCACCGCUGCUCCUGCUCACCUUUCCAACACCAGCCACCCUCAGCUCAUCCAGUUCUCCACACUUCCUGCCUGCACUGUCCCAUCCAUGUCCGUCGCAGACCCCCAGACCACCCUCCUCACCCUGAGCUCUGUCACCACUCUGGCCUCCCCAGCCUCCCUGGCUUCCCAGCAGGCCGUGCAGUGGUCCAGGGAUGCUCACGAGGAUGCACAGCUGCCUGGGGAAGGGGAGCUGUGGGAGAGGGUGGUGGUGGGUGGCGGCCAUCAGGAUGUAGGGGGAAUGAUGUGGGAGGGCAUUGGGGACAGGAGGAAAGAAGAUGAGGGGAUUGUUUGGGAGAGGGAAGGAGAGAGACAGAUUCUGCUACAGUGUGCUGAGGUUCAUGGAGAUGGUUUAAUCUAGAUAGAACCACUAAAUGAGCUGAACGGGAUCUUUUAUGGUCAGUAAUCUGAAGGAGUAGAAGUUUUGGUUCUAGAAAGGAACAAAAGACUGAAGGACCUGUCAAAAGUUGAUAAGCUGACAAAAAUAUAUAAAAUAGACAUUAUGAGUGUAACACAGUAGUCAUAUAUAGUACAUAGCUGCACAGAGCUACUUUACAUCAGGGAGUAUGAUUUAUAAUAUAGAUUACAGACACCUCUUUUACCACUUAGUGAAUAUUUUGUAACUUUCUGCUUUUGUCACCUUGUGUUUGUAUAUAUGUGUGUGUAUGUUUUUAAUUUUUUUUUUUUUUUUUUAGAUUUAAAAAGACUGAAAGAUGAUUGUGCAUAUUGUACAGGGAAGUCUAAAAUUACAUUUUGUCCCCGUAGUAAUCCUGUUGUGUUUAUAUGCAGUUUUUUAGUAACAGUAUCAUUGACAUAAUUGGGUUUCAGUUACGUGAAAGUUGCAGAAAAAAAUGUAUGUGAGCAACAACUACAACCAAAUGAGGUUUGAAAGUUUUUUAGUCUGGCCUUUAGACAAAUCCAAAUGGUUUUGCUUUCAUUUGGGGUUUUAGCAAAAAAGAAAUCAAAGACAAAAUCUAAAAUAAGUAAGAUAAAAAAGGAUUUUUGAAAUCCUUCGAGAAAGGUUAGAUUGUUUCUUUACACAGUGAGGUAGUGGAGCUUUUAUACAGCUGACAUUUGGUCUUGCCCUUGCAGGAAAAGCACAGGUGUUAUUAUUUCUAACAUGGCUCCGUUCUAUUCAAGUGUCCCAGUAAGUCAUGACAGUGUGACAGUGAACGAGCAUGAACGAAACCAGGACCAUGAUUUCCUACUGUGAUAACAUGUCAGAUUGUCUUGUAAAAAAAAAGGCCUUCCUCGUUUGAUAGUGGUGGCAGUAGUGUCACUUGGCUUCCAAAUUGUACUCCAUGCCGCUUUAUUUAAUUACAGAUUCUUGCUUUAAUAUUUUUUCACAGUUAAGACUAUGCAGGCAGCAGUAUUAUGAUUGAAGUGUUUUUUUGUCAGAAAUUUGUUUUAAAGCAAUCUUGGACAAUAAAAUAUACCUCUGUACACUGCCA